CUUAUAACAGUCCCAGGAGGUUUUUGUGUUUGUUUUUAUGGUUUGAAAAAUUGGAUUUUCCUUGUUUAUUUGUAUUAAUUCUAAUGAUCGACCAUUAUUUAUAACAAAUAAAACGAGUUGAAUUCAAACGAAAUGUCGGACCAAGAGUACGAACCGUUUGAAAUAACCGACUAUGACAUAGAAAACGAAUUCAACCCCAGACGCCCUCAGAGGAAUUCCAAAAACCAACAAAUUUAUGGUAUUUGGGCCAGGGAUGAGGAUUCAGAUGAAGAUGAAAGGCCUGCUUUUGGUAAAUCAGGAAGGAGGAGUAAGAACUUUUCAGCGCCUAUCGGCUUUGUCGCUGGUGGUGUGCAACAAGCAGGAAAAGAAGAAGCAAAGAAUGAAUCGGACGAGGAAGAAAACGAUGAAAAUAGCCACGAGAGACAAAAACACAUUACGUUAUCUGACUCGAGUGAUGAGGAACCAAGAGCGUCAUUCGGUUCAAAAGUAUUAGAUCCGUUGGCAGGUAUAAAUGAAGAGAUUGCCGGUUUGAGAAAAAAAUCUGCUUUCAAACCUAAUCCAGCCUUGGCUCAAAGAGGUGUCGGAACUUGGGAAAAACACACCAAAGGAAUAGGCGCUAAACUUCUUCUUCAGAUGGGUUUUCAACCAGGUAAAGGUCUUGGUAAAGAUCUUCAAGGGAUACAAGCUCCCAUAGAAGCACAGUUGAGAAAGGGAAGAGGAGCUAUCGGUGCUUAUGGGCCUGAAAAAGGCCAAAAAGUGGCAGAGAGUUCAGACGGAAAAGCGAAAGGAAAGGAAGAACGGAUAUCCCAGUGGAGGAAAGUCGAAGGGUCUAAAAACCGAAAAGCUCGUUAUUUUUACAAGAGCAUUGAAGACGUACUCGAUCAAAGUGUUCAGCCCCAAAGGAAACGAGAAUUCAAUGAAUUGACUAAAGUCAAAGUAAUCGAUAUGACUGGGCCCGAGCAGAGAGUUCUAUCAGGAUAUCACGCCAUCUCCGGAAAUCAGAAACCGGCAGAUGAAUGGGAAGUUAGAAAAGAUAAAAAAUUUACAAAUUUCCAAAUGCCCGAAUUACAGCAUAAUCUUAAUCUACUUGUAGACAUGUGUGAACAGGAAAUAAUCGUUAAAGAUCGACAAAUAAGGUACAACGAAGACAGAAUAGUAGGGCUGGAAUCUGAAAUGAACGGGCUUAAUAAAGUAACAGAAAAUGAAGCAAAGACUAUUGCAAGCUUAGAACACGUUCUUAACGUUCUCGAGGAUAUUUUGUCGAGAUCAAACAAUGGUACAAUUACUCUAGAUGAACUUGCCAGCACAUUUAAAAAACUCCAGCAAGACUACCCAGCUGAAUUUAUGAUGUAUGACAUGGCAGCUUUGGCUCCUAGUAUAAUUCAACCUGUCAUGAAAUCCCAUCUGUCCAAUUGGAAUCCACUGAAGGACCCGACAGGCCCUCUGAAACUUAUGAAUGAAUGGAAGAACUGCCUUAUCGGUGCUCAAACCUUAGUUCAUACUUUAUCAACGACAAAUGUGCAAGAGCCGUUUCAUAGGCUACUUUGGGAUACGUGGAUGCACAACAUUCGUAUCGCUGCAAAUGCUUGGAAUGUUAAAGAGCCCGAUCCUAUGAUUAAUCUUGUCAACACCUGGAUGCCUCUCCUUCCCAACUGGAUAAUGGAAAAUAUACUACAUCAGUUAGUGAUGCCCAGAUUGCAAAGUACCGCUGAAGAAUGGAAUCCGCUGACAGAUACAAUUCCAGUUCAUACUUGGACACACCCUUGGAUGCCUUUGCUAGCUCCACUUCUUAGGGUGUCGAUAUUUCCUGUGAUAAGACAGAAAUUAGGAUUCGCUCUAGUCAGCUGGCAUCCUUCUGAUAAUUCAGCAAGAUUGUUAUUAAGUCCUUGGACGUCAGUGUUUACAUCCAGUGAGAUGGAUACAUUUUUGGCUACACACAUUCUCCCUAAACUUUCUCAAUUAUUACAAGAGUUCAUUAUUAAUCCACAGCAGCAGUCAUUGGAACCCUGGGCUUGGGUAAUGGAAUGGAAUGAACUAGUUCCAGCACCUCUAAUGGCCAAAUUGCUUCAGAAAUCGUUUUUCCCUCGUUGGCUCCAAGUUCUCACUCUUUGGCUCAACGUUACCCCAAAUUAUGACCAAGUCACUAAAUGGUAUUCAGGAUGGAAAUCGUUAAUACCCGACAAUGUAAGAGAGCAGCCGUCGGUCAAAGAACACCUGAGAACCGCUUUGGAAUUGAUGAGCAGGUCUGUAGGAGGACCGCCUCCACCACCACCUCCUCCAGUCAUUUCUCAACAAGAACCCAGAUUCCAGGGCAUGGUUGAGGCUGUAAGGACAGGAUCGCAGGUAAUCGACGGAUUUAAAGACCUUGUACAGAAAAAGUGUGAAGAGCGAGGAAUCAUUUUUCAUCCAUUACAAAACAGGUAUCGAGAAGGAAAGCAAGUAUUUAGGUGUGGAGUGCUGCAAAUCUAUAUUGAUAGAAAUGUUAUCUUUUGUUGUGAUCCAGCAACAAAUAAUUGGGUACCUAUCAGUAUACAAAAUUUAUUAGAUAAAUCUUCUGGAAUGUUGUAAUUGUAUAUUGAACAUAAUUAAUGUUAGUAACAUUGCAUUUAUAUCAAAUGUGUAUAUAAAAUGUAUCUAUCUUUUCUUUUAAAGUAUAUAAUUUAAUUAACUUUUUUUUUAA